AUGACGGUGUGCCGUAGAUGGUAUGAAGCUGCCCAGUCCUCGCAAGUCUGGCGCGCGCAAUGUGACCUCUUCUGGAAAGACAAAGUGUACAUUGCGAGGCACAUCCGGGUGAUGCGAGACAGGGGGCCCUCGUACAGGGCGCUUCGCCUCUCCUUUGAAGAUGUCGAGCGAAAGGAAAUCACAAAGGACGAAAUCACCACAUUCGACUGGUGCUUUCGGUUCAAGGCAGCGUCUGGGCAGCACUGGCUAGAUCUCGACCCGUGGUGGUCUGGCGGUGAUUCGCGCGUCAUCCGUCUCAACGAGGACGGUAUUGUCACAGGGUUUGAGCUGGCCAACUUCAUGUGGAACUUCUGCGAAUCUCUAAACCCGCCGCCCGGGUUUGGUCGCGUCGGCGCACGCAUUCACGUCUUCCCCAUGCUCCACUUUUACCGGGAUCCCGUCACGUGGGGGUGGGUUGCCGAGAGCGCAUGGACGCAGCUCACGUCGUUCCGUAUGCCGCGCAGGGGCCUGUGCCCACGCCUGGAGCGCGACACCGUCACCGUCCAGAUGCAGGCUGACCAGAUUGUGGCGUACAACCACGGCUUGGACUGGUGCAAUCUGACAGCAGAGCAGAGGAGGAUGGUGGAAGCGGAGGUGCAGCGGGCGGGCGAGGCAGGUGACGGGGAGCACGCGUUUGAGAUUGACGAGGGCCUUGAUGAUGACGACGACGACGACAACGACGAUGGUGAUGAUGAUGAUGAUGAUGAAGGAGGAGGAGGUGAUGAUGAUGAUGAUGAUGAUGAUGAUGAUGAUGAUGAUGAUGAUGACGACGAUGAUGACGAUCAUGAUAAACACGGCAACGAGGACGCAUGUUACCGCCUCGACGACGGAAAUGAAGGUGAACUUGCUGUUGGCGAUAGUGGUGGCCCACAUGGCAGUGCUCAGUCGAGCAGACGAUCACAUCUCCGUCGUGUGGAUCGACUUCAGGACGGGGCGGUGGGUGCAGGGACGAAUGGUGCCGUGCCGCAAGGUGCAGUACAGGCGGGGCCAGAGAGGCAGGGCCAGAGUCCACGACACCAGCAACAGGCACAGCAGCCGGAUGAGCCACAACAACAUCAACGAGCACAGUCGCUUGAGCAACAGCGAUGGCGUGCACACAGCCCAACAUGCCUUCACUGCCCAUCAUGUGUCGCUAUCGUCGCUAUUAACGGCACCUCCUCGCCCGGCCCGCUCGCCGCCGCCACAUCCACGGAAGCGCGCAGCACUGCUAGAGACAAGGCAUCACGGGCAGGCGAACCACACGCGUGCUGA